GAAGGGUCUCGACCUGAAACGUCACCUAUUCCUUCUCUCCAGAAAUGCUGCAGGUCCCACUGAGUUACUCCAGCAUCUUAUGUCUAUCUUUGUACUGUAAACUAGGUCAGCGUAAAAUAGGUCAACACUACUAGCACAUGAGCCACAUUCUCAGUUUCCAAGUUGCAGCUGAACCACUGAACUAUAAACUAAUGGUCAGUGGUGCUUUAUUGUCAUGUGUGCACUGCACAGUGAAAUUCUUUUUGCACAGAUCACACAUGCACGGAUUUUUGCACAGAUCUUUUUGCACAGAUCACAACGUGCAAUUUACAAAAAGUCACAAAACCAUGGCUGAAGCGGCAACUAUCUCAGAAAUGUUUUAUAAUCACAGUAGGUUGACAUCCUAGGUAGACAGGCCAGCCCAAUAUCUGAAGAAACUGCGCCAUCUCUGCUUGGUGCCUGACCGCCAUUGUGAGUUAGACUCUUUUGUGUUUUAUGUGGGGUAUCGAUGAGCAAUUUCACAACUGUUCUUAAAUUCCCUGCCACGUUAGGUACUUAUGAUGCUCAUAAGGUUUGAAGGAGCGCAAAUUGUAGAAGCAUAUUUGUAAAUAUAACAAAUUCAUCUGUUUCUAUCAUUUUUCAGUUAAUGGAAUUGGAAUAUCAAUACCUCACUCUAUUAUCAAUGCCACAGCGAAUGAGAACGCCACUCUUUCAAUGGACUAUCAAUGCAAUGGAACACUUUCUAUCAAAUGGAAGCACCUAUCACCAUGGGGAAUGAAGGACAUCAUCGUCUGGAAACCAGGCACUUAUCAAAACAUUUCAAAGGGUUAUGAAAACCGGAUUCUGGUGUUCAGGAAUGGAUCCAUCCAGCUUUCAACUGUUCAGCUCUAUGAUGCUGGUUGUUAUGCUGUGACUGUAGCAGAUGCUGAAGGAUGCAGCAAGGAUGGUGUUAUUAUAUUGAAUAUAAAUGAACCAGUUCAUGAGGAUUUGCUUUUUGUGGCUGUCUUUGUUGCUGUACUUGUAACGUUAUCUGCUGUUCUAAUGUUCCUCCUGUGGAUCUGCAAUCAAAGUGUGAACGUCUGCAAAAUAAAGAGGAGAGAACGGAAUGCAAAUGAAAUGGAAGAAACAUCAUUAUAAAAUUAAUUCCAAUUUAUAUGUUGGAUUAAAACAGAAAUGAGUUCAAACU